GAGACCGAUAGCGCGAGUGGUCUGCCAGAAGAUAACUCCAAAGUUGGCUUCGGUAUGAGCCCGCGAGCCGAGCGAAGGGGAAAGGCACUGACUGAUGAUUUAAUUUGGAAAACAAGCCGUGUUUGAGUGUUUGGCCACUAGAUAUCAAGAAAAAGGUACUUUUUUUUUGGAGAGCGCACCGAAGCGAAGGCGCAACCGGGAGCUAAAACACGGCGAGAGGAGGACGAGGGGGGACUCCAUCGCGAUCAGAAAGCACCGACUUCUCUUUUUUCGGGAGUUUUUGAUCACAUUGAGGUGUUGUGAGUGAGAGGGGGGACUGCUGUUGAUCGCGUGUCUCGGAAGAGGCGCGUCAAAGUUUGGAGCGGAGCUGCGCUGUUAGAAGAAAAAAACUGGUAACAAUUUACUGUUAUUGUCAAGAACUUUGCUCGUCCACUUUCCGGUUAUCGAGGUCGAACCGCAGCUACUUUACCGGAAACAUGUCCAUCAAGAGAAAACUUUUAAGCCAUCUCAGAGACUGUAAACAUCGCUUCAUUUAAAUCCAAUUCAGAAGGAGGUGUUCAGCUUCGGCAAAACAAAAAAAAGUUACCCAGAGAGAGAAAGCACGAGAACUGAGCCAAGAUCUCGAGACUUUAUGAGAAGUUGUGAUGUAAACCGGGAUCAUAAAGGUCACAGUGAUGAAGAUGAGAGAUAGUCGGAGAAGAAAUCCUCAGCACUUGUGAGCCAGUGCGCUUCAUGAGAGGAGGGGAGAAAGGAGCCUGGCGUGAAGACCCCCCCGUGAGCCGGGCAUAACAAGAGAUUUGGUGUGUUGUGUUGUGUUGUUGGGGGAGGCUGGAUAGUAAAGAGAAAAGAGACGGAUAAAGUCUGAGAGUGAAGCGGCUAAUUGCUUAGUCCGUCCCUCAUUACCAUAUCCAAUGCGCGUCCGCUGGACUCUAGCCAAUCCUCCCCACCUUCACACGGUGCCAUUAAUCGCGAGGCAUUAUUCACUAUCGUAAUUAUUAUACCGACAUGCGCAAUCCAACGCACAGCAACAGCAGCGGCGGCAGCAACACUGGCUAAUUUCUUAUAUUUUUUUUCUUCUUCUCUUCUCCCCCCUCUCUCCGCUAACAGACUAUUUGCGAACUUUUUUUGAGUGUGUUGAUUCAUUCGCUCUUCGCUGAUGUAUCUGCAAAACGCAGAGACAUCACGGAGCGCAAAAGCAGCAGCACCGCCAGCACUGACGCCAGCAGCAUGUCCCGACGCAAGCAAGCCAAGCCGCAGCACCUCAAGUCGGACGAGGAUCCCGCACUAGCCGGAGUGAUUUCUGAGCACGCCCGAGGUGAAGUGCUGGAUGAUGCCGACAGCGGGAACGAGAGCCGUAGCGGCAGUGAGGAGACGCAUGUAUGUGAAAAGUGUUGCGCUGAGUUCUUCAAGUGGUCAGACUUCUGUGAACAUUUAAAGAGUUGCACCAAAAACCCCCUGGUGCUCAUAGUGAAUGACAAUGAGAACACACCUAACCCCUCCCAAGAGUACCCUGCAGAGCUCUCCCCUGUACCCAGCAGCCCCAGCGAGCAGGCUGACAGCGAGGACCCCAGGGAGGGCAACCACAGUCCUGCUGGUGAGGGGGAUGACAUCCCAGAGACAGCAACCUUAAAUGGGGUCAAUGUCCUAGAAAAGGAGGACGAGCCGAUGGAGCUCGAGCUUUCACCAGAGAAAAACAUGGAUCCUGAAGAGAGAGAUGUGACGUCCCCUGAGCCAGACGGCUCCCUACCUCAGCUCAAUGAUGUCGUCCCCUCUACUGUUACAAGCUACACCAUGCCAAGCACCAAUGUUACCUUGGAGACCCUGCAUGGCACCCGGGUCGCCGUUGCCCAGUUUUCACAGAGUGUCAGGGCGGCAGCGGGCAGUGGGGUUUCCACCAUGGCUAUUCCCAUGAUCCUGGACCAGCUGAUGGCCCUCCAGCAGCAGCAGAUACACCAGCUGCAGCUGAUUGAGCAAAUACGCAGUCAGGUGGCUCUUAUGAACAGACAGUCUGCCUCACAGCCUGCUCUAAACCACCUUCACAGCAACGCUGCGGGAAACCAGGGGUCUGUAUCGUCCUGCGCCCCUCCUGUUGCUAGUCAGCUCCAACUACACAACUUCAUCACUCCCCCUGUCCAUCAGCUGCCUGUGAGGUUGCCGGCCACUCUCAGCGGUCAAGGCCCUUCACCCCUGACCUCAGCAAUAGAAGGGCCCCUCUCACAAACACCACAAAGUAGCACUCAGCAGUCUAACCCUUCAGUACCCAGCACAUCCUCAAAUAACUCGGUGUUUCCUUCACCCAGUGGUACAGGACUGUCAUCUUUACUUCCCUCCUGCUCAUCCUCAGCCACUAACAACAAUAUUAGCACUAGUAGUAGUGUAGCAGGAGGUGGUGGCAUCAGCAGCAGCUCAGCUCUCCCCAGGAACUCCACAACCCCUCCCUCGCUCAGCCACAGCGGCCUCCUGAGCUCUGCCUCCAGUCUACCGCUGAUACCUCACAGCUCAUCCAGCAGUGUUAUCUUCCCCAACCCGCUGGCCAGCAUAGCAGCCACAGCCAAUGCGCUCGACCCCCUCUCCGCUCUGAUGAAGCAUCGCAAGGGGAAGCCCCCAAAUGUGUCUGUGUUUGACACUAAGCCCAGCUCCGAGGACCCCUUCUUCAAGCAUAAGUGUCGCUUCUGUGCCAAGGUGUUUGGCAGUGACAGCGCCCUACAAAUCCACCUGCGGUCACACACUGGAGAGAGGCCCUACAAAUGCAACAUAUGUGGCAACCGCUUCUCCACCAAGGGAAAUCUGAAAGUCCACUUCCAGAGGCACAAAGAGAAAUAUCCACAUAUUCAGAUGAACCCCUAUCCUGUGCCGGAGUACCUGGACAAUGUGCCCACAAGCUCAGGCAUUCCUUAUGGAAUGUCUUUGCCCCCAGAGAAACCUGUAACCACAUGGCUAGACAGCAAACCCGUCCUCCCCACGGUUCCAACCUCAGUCGGGCUCCAGCUGCCUCCCACGCUGCCGAGCAUGAUGGGUGGUUUUGGUGAGUCUCCAAGCCUCACGCCGCUCAACAGGUCCCCUCAGAGACCGUCUCCACCUUCAAGCGAGUGUGCAUCUUUGUCCCCUAAUAUCAUUAUUGACUCUGGCAUGACCACUACUUCACCAUCCCCAAAACCCAACCUAGGGAGUGAUGCACCUCCUCUCUUGAAACCUGAAGGUGUUCUCCUGCCCCCAAGUUGCUCCACAAGGCCAGUAGAGAACACCACCACCACAACUACACUAACUCAAGUGGUCCUUUCCUCUACCGUCACCUCUACCACAUCGUCCAACAGUGGCCAGGUCACUGAACCCAUCACUAGCCCUAGCUCCAACCCUGUCUCCCAUCCUGUCCUUCCCAUGCUCUCAGACCAAUUUAAGGCAAAGUUUCCAUUCGGAGGCCUCCUAGACUCUAUGCAAACCUCAGAGACAUCAAAGUUGCAGCAGCUUGUUGAGAACAUUGACAAGAAGAUGACCGACCCAAACCAGUGUGUCAUCUGUCAUCGCGUCCUGAGCUGUCAGAGUGCACUCAAGAUGCACUACCGUAUCCACACUGGCGAGAGGCCUUUCAAAUGCAAGAUAUGCGGGCGUGCAUUUACUACCAAGGGAAACCUGAAAACACACUUCGGUGUCCAUAGAUCCAAACCCCCACUCCGGGUCCAGCACUCCUGUCCUAUAUGUCAGAAGAAGUUCACCAAUGCCGUUGUGCUGCAGCAGCACAUCCGUAUGCACAUGGGAGGGCAGAUCCCCAACACCCCGGUCCCUGAGAGCCUACAGGAGAUGGACACGGACCUCUCCUUUGACGAGAAGAGCUUAGAUGCGAUGAGUAAUUAUGAUGAUGACCUCCUGGAUGAAAUGGAGCAAGCUAUGGAAGAUGAAGCUGACUUGAAAGAGGGAGAAGUAGACCCAUGUAAACCGUAUUCACCUGGCAGCUCCCCACCAACUUCCAUCAUCUCUAGCAUUGCUGCAAUGGAAAACCAGAUGAAGAUGAUCGACUCCACUGCCAACAUGACCCGUUCAUUUGGUCAGAAGCCCACGCAGAACGGCAUCAGCUUUGGAGGAGAGACUGACUGCUUUGCCGCUGAUUCCCUGUCAGGAGCUGGGGAUGCUGAAGGUCAAAGCUUGGGGAGCCCGGCUUUGUCUGAGUCCUCUGGCUCUAUGCAGCAUUUGUCCCCAGCUCACAGCCAUUCUGAGAGCCAGCGAUCCAAGUCCCCAGCUACAUUCAACAAUAAUAACAACAGCAGUGCCAUGACAGCAGACGAGGGCCAGGAGAACAAUGCAUCUGGCUUGGCAACAGUGAAGUCGGAAAAAUCAGAGACCCCAUCUCCGCUUUCUGCAACUGAAGGCACCGGGGCCCUUGACCUGACUGCCACUCAACCUGGCAGGCACUUUAUCAAGGAGGAGAGCCACUUCAGCAUGCUGUUUCUAAAUAGAGAUCGAGGGCUGAGCACUCCCAAUUUGGCCAGCACUGCAUCAAACAUGAUUAAAAUGGAGAUGAAUGGCCACGGCAAGUCGGUGUCACUGAGCGACAACUCUCACAUGCCCGUGGGCAUCCAGGUCCCUGCCGCAGCGCCGCAGACCACCAUGAGCCCCAGCAUCAACCCCAUGUUGGCUCCCCCACCUCCUCGACGCACUCCGAAGCAGCACAACUGCCACUCGUGUGGGAAGAAUUUCUCUUCAGCCAGUGCUCUGCAAAUCCACGAGCGCACACACACUGGGGAGAAACCUUUUGCCUGCUCUAUUUGUGGAAGGGCUUUCACCACUAAGGGCAAUCUGAAGGUACACAUGGGAACACACAUGUGGAACAACGCUCCAGCCCGAAGGGGUCGACGACUGUCUGUGGAGAAUCCUAUGGCCUUGCUGGGCGGAGAUGCUAUGAAGUUCAGUGAGAUGUUCCAAAAAGAUCUGGCGGCUCGGGCCAUGAAUGUCGACCCAGGCUUCUGGAACCAGUACGCUGCAGCCAUCACCAACGGGCUGGCCAUGAAGAACAAUGAGAUCUCUGUGAUCCAGAACGGGGGCAUCACCCAGCUGCCCGUCAGCCUCGGCGGUGCGGGAAUCACCUCCCUGGGACCCAUGCCGGGAGGACUGGACCGUGUUCACACCGGCAGCAGCCCUCCCAUGACGGGCAUGGAGAAGGCUGGUCUGGAUGUUGGGGCUGCCCGACCCUUCUCUAGAUUUAUGGAGGAGAACAAAGAGAUUGGGAUCAAUUAAAAAGACUUUUCUGUACUAUUCCAAGGUAGGCGUUCAGCAAAGACUAAGAGUCUAACAAGAAGGAGAGACACUGCUGAUCCAGUCUGAACUCAUGCGUACUAUAUUAUGUACAGAUUAAAUAUUUUUUGUUUGGUUUUGGAAAUAUAGUAUUUAGUAUUGAUUAGAGGUCUUUGCCUUUCACCCAUUCCCUCCUCACUUGAUAUUUCGCCUAUACGAAGAAUACUUUGUCUCUUGUUUGAGAAUAUGUCGUCUUGCAAGAUUUGCAUGGUACUUAUUGGUUUUUAUCAGUAUGUUUGACUGCUUUUAUGACUUCCUUUGAAAACCAGGAUCCUGCCUCAUUUACGAUGGGCAAGCAUCUUAUCUGGACAGGACUAAAACUGUAAAGAUAUUUGUUUAUAGACAGCCUGUCCUUUGUCUGGCAACCUUGUUUAUGAUUGCUCUUUUAAAUAUAAAAGGGCCGUGGAUAGACUGAAGAAAAGACUGAAGUAUAGUGUUUCUGUGCUCGCCUGAUUUUUUUUUCUCAUGAACUAGAAAACUUGAAAAAAAUAAUGUUUGAACUAUUUUAAUCUUUACAUUUAGUCUCCCAGCAUUGUCUUAUAAUAUUGUCCUGUGUCUUUAGUAUUUAUGAUAUUGACAAAAAAGCGGGUAUACAAAAAUAUAUUUAAUGGCCCAAGCAUUUUAUUGAUCCAUUUCUUUUCUAAACUGCAGGCUUCACUGAUGAAUAUCUCUUUCAAUAAAGACAGUAUGUCGUUUGAGUUGAACAACAGAGAAAAUGGUAGGUUUUAUUUGGAUAUCUGUUGAGACUAUAUGUAUCUCAUUACAUGGUAAAGAGGCUAGAGAUAUCCGAAGCUGCUACGACCACAACCCUGCUUUUAACCUUUGUAAAAAGAAAAAAGAAGUGAUCCUUUUGAAGAAAUAUCUAUGUAUAGAAAUACAGACAAAUCUAAAACAGGUAUGCAUAUUUUGUAUCACAUAAAAAUAGACAUCAUGAGUUGAGAGUAUUUGUCAUGUUUGUGAAUGCACUUUUUAAAAACAAGACGUUUUGUCUGUGAGUUACCGUUAACCUUUUGACUGAGCUAUCUAUCACGUGCUGUUUUCAUUGUUUCCAGCGUACCACUCCUACAAUUUGCAGAGUCGGUUCUCUGUUAUUGCAUCUGUGCUACUCGUCAGAGUGCAAACUCAUCACUCAAUCAAAAUCUUCUUGAAUAAAAA